AUGUCUGCCACGCCUCGUUCCUCUGCCAUGCGAUGCCGCGUUGCGCCUCCUUGGCCACUGCGCCGCGCCGAUGCAGCAGCGCGGCUUCUCCUUUGCGCGGCCCUCGCGCUCACUGCCACCGCCGAUUGCUCCGUCUCUUCCGCCAACCACCCACCGCCACGGCCACAAGCCCCGCGUCGCCGAUAUCAGCGCGUGCCACCGUCUCCCCUUGCUCGGCCCACCCGCGCGGCACAGCGCGCGCUCCUCAAGCUCAACGCCGCCACCGCCGCCGCGGCCGCCGAUUUCGAGGCGACUGACAGCGGCGAUCAUGCCGCAGCAAGGCCCGAGCCCAGUGCUGCACGAGAGGUCCACGCUGGUACGCCGCACGCGCUGAGACGCUCAUCUGUUUCACUUCUUCCCUCUCCUUGUUCGGCUGCUCGAUGCACGUGUGCAGUGAGCGCGGUGGUGCAGGUGCAGCAGGCGUGGGGCGCGUGGGCGGGCAACAGCAACGGCAGCACUGCUUGCUCUGCGUGGCCUGGCGUCACGUGCAGCCCUAACGGACUCAUCGUCGCAUUGGAUUCAAAGGCCGUAUCGGUGGAUGGCAGUGCUGCCAUACCUGACUCCGUCACCAAUCUCGCCGCUCUCCAAUACCUCGAUCUGACAAACGAUCAGCUGGUGGGGCCCAUCCCAUCCCUCGCGAGCCUCACCGGCCUCACCCUCCUGUACGUGCCCCGCAGCCCCGCCUCUCCUGUACGUGCCUCGCAGCCCCGCCUCCGCCAUGGCCAUGGCCCAUGCAGUGCACUGCGCUCCUUCUCUCCUCUGCUGCCAAAGAUUCGUAUCGCUCUUGCUUGCUCCUUUCUCAAGGAGUUGAUAGCCAUGGGAGCAGACGGCAGCCAGCUCAAUGGCACUCUUGAGGGACUGGCUUGGCUCUCCUCCCUCUCCAACCUGCACACACUGUACGCCCUGCACACUGCCCCACCCUGCUCACACACUUCACACUCCCUGCUCACACUUCGCACUCCCUGCUCACACACUUCUCACUCCCUGCUCACACUUCACACUCCCUGCUCACACUUCACAUCACACACCCGCCGGCGUCAUGCAGUCGGCACUCCCAUGUUGUCUUCGGGCCACGCUGCCCUCAUGUCAUUGCCACACGCCCCAUCGCUCCAGCAACUCGUGCACACGCCCCGUGUCAUGUCCCUCCCUCCGCCCGCCGCAUGGCUUCUCACACCACAACCCUCCAACCACCAACCAUCAACCACCAGGAAUGUUUUUGGCUUGUCGGAAUUCACAGGGGAUUUGUCCUCUCUGCACGUUCUCUCUCACCUGGAAAAACUUCAAAGCCUUACACUCAGUUCAUUCACCAAUGCCACGGGGGAGGUACCCAGGGAGAUCCGAUACCUCACGGCCCUCACUGCCCUCGAUUUGUCGUACCUUCGGGCAUUGGAAUUUCCUGACUGGGUGACUCACCUCGCCACCCUUCAGUAUCUCAACGUGAACGCGGAUGAGCCGCGGCGGCAGGGGUUGUUGUCGGAUGACAUCUCGCACCUCACAGCGCUCACCUCCCUAUCCCUCAAAGGCAACAAUCUGGAGGGCUCCGUGCCUAAGACCUGCUCCUCUCUCCUCAACCUGCAAUACCUGGCUUUGAAUUACAACCAUCUUCAAGGCACCAUUCCUGCCACCCUCUCUGCCCUCACAGCCCUCACUGCAAUAGACCUCUCAUGGAAUCAUCUGUCUGGUUCCAUCCCCCAUGCCUUCACCACCAACAUCCAGAGAAUAGCACUUGGUUACAACGCCUUCAGUGGCCCCAUCCCGCCUCACCUUGCACUGCCCCAACUCACUUCCCUGCAGCUGUCCAGCAAUGGGUUCACGGGCGCCAUUCCCAGCACCUUCACCCGCCUCACAGCCAUGAGUAUGCUGGACGCGAGCAACAACAGUCUGAGUGCAGGCUUGGAUGUGGUGGCGCAGAUGACAUGGCUCACUGACAUCCUCCACACCAACAACUUCUCCGGGGUGCUUCCAGCGACCCUCUCUGCCAUCAAGGGGCUUGUCUUCAUAAGCAUCGCUAACAACCACUUCACAGGAGAAUUCCCCCACCCUCUUCUGCACACCCACCACCUUGCUUCACUGGAUGUCAGCAACAACAGCUUCUCUGGAUCCAUCCCUUUGCAAUUGACCAAGCUACUGCAGCUGUAUAACAUCAAUCUCAGUGACAACAAGUUCCAUGGAUCGAUCCCGAUUGGCCUCUUCCACCUCCCCACGCUUUACUCACUGCAAGUGGCAAACAACUUUCUUUCCGGAAACCUUCCAGUGACGCUUAGAGCCUCCUCCGCACUUACCACGCUUAGCUUUGCAGGAAACGGCUUCACGGGCUCCUUGCCAGACUGCUCGCAGUGGAAGUGCAGCUUUGAAACGCUGGCGCUGAGCAACAACAACUUCACAGGGCCCAUUCCUGACUCCAUCUCCACACUCUCCACUCUGGAGGCUAUCAUACUGGACAGCAACCAACUGACGGGGACCAUUCCAGCUGCCAUUUUCAAAAUGACGAAUCUAGAAUCCAUCUACUUGGCCAACAACCGUUUGAGCGGCAGUCUGCCGUCUGCCAUCAGUCGCUUAAGGAAGCUCCAACAGAUCUGGCUGGACAACAACAGCAUCGAGGGCCCUCUGCCAUCCGCCAUCUGCUCGCUGCCCUGGCUGUGGCGCAUCAUGGUGAGCAACAACCAUCUCUACGGGCCUCUGCCAGACUGCCUCUUCGACAAAUGCAUCAACCAGAU